AGCUUUAUCAAAUAUAUUUUUUUCAGAAUUAGUUUCUCUGAUGAACUGAUUGGCUUGGGAUGCUGACAGUAGUUUACGAACAUGAAUCUAAAUUACUGAUCAACAUCUUUUGCUUCAAGUUCUUCGUUAUACGUCGAGUAAAUUUCUACUUUAUAUAUGAAAGUAAAAGUAAUAAAUAUCGUACAAGUAAACGAUAUUUUUACCGUAAACUUUGCGGCUCAUCCUUUGAUAUGAUCAGAGAAAAUUUAUAUCGCCGACUUAGAUAAAAGACAUGAUUCUCAGCAAGAUAUAAUAGCUUCUAGUAGUGAUUAUAACAUUUUUUUAUUUGUAGGCUUAUAUUAAAUUUCAAGUUAAAGAUGGCAAUUUAACAACAACAGGCAGAAUUACAAAUGGGAUGCAGAGGAAGUUUUUUAAUGAAAUACCUUUAGGAAGAAUUCUGUAUGAUAUACCAACACAAACAUUUGAAAUAAUGUAUUUAAUUACGCAUUUUCAUCAGCUUAUAAAAUUAUAUGGUAAACGUCAAUCAAAUGACAUAUAUUUUACGAAAUUAAAAAAAUAUUCCAUAGAAUGGGUUAAACAGUUUGGUGAUGUAUUUGGAGAUGCGUACAUUACACCAUACAUGCAUGUGCUAAGUGAUCACAUGCAUGAAUUUCAAGAACUGGAUGAAGAUGAUGAACUAUCCUGUUUUAAUCUUCAAGGUGCUGAAAAAUAUAAUGACUUAACGACGACGGACUACUUCAGAUCUACAAACAAACACCACAAUUCGACAGAACAGAUGAUUAGAAAAAAAUUCCAGCAAGCGCACAUAUUACUGAAUGAAGAAGAAACGACAGCAUUAUUUCGUGAUAUUAAUUUGAAGAAUUUGCCUAUUAAUUCCUUUUACGAUCAUGAAACUAUAUACGUCUUUUUACCAGCAUAG